CAUAACUAUCUGGCAACACCCCUAUCCAACCUCACCUUCUGCAGCUCCAGGGGUCUCUUCUCCUUCCAUGGGGCCUUAAAGGGACCUAACCUCUGGCUGCCGAAGAAGAGUGGACAUUCCAAUGUCAUCUGUCAUCCUUCUCGGCUUAGCUCACCUAAAGGGAGGCUCCUCACCCUGAGCCCUCACCCCUCACCCCACCCCAAAACCUUUAGCCUCAAGGCAUUCUAUCUGCUCUCGUACCACAGCUUUUCUGGAGCCAGAGCUUUCUGGAGCCUGUCCUGCAAUGUGGGUGUUUUUUCACUCUAAGGGAGAGGGCAAGCCAGAGAGUUAGGUAUGCAAAAUGCAAGGAGGAGGAGGAGUUCAUGAGUCAGAGAAAGAAAGGUGCUCAGCCUGGCAGGCAGUGAGCCACUCAGUCAUCGUGGGCACUGGGGAAGCCUAAGGUCUACUUCCGCAGGAUGAUGCUGUUUAAGAGAGGGAGGCUGCUGGCGUUCCUGUGUUCCCAGGUGAUAGUUGUAGCUCUCUUCGUCCACAUGUCCGGUCAUAGACACUUGUUCCAGAGGGAGGAGUCCAGGAGGCCUGUGCACGUGCUGGUCCUGUCUUCCUGGCGCUCGGGGUCCUCUUUUGUGGGACAGCUUUUUGGGCAGCACCCGGAUGUGUUCUACCUGAUGGAGCCUGCCUGGCACGUGUGGAUGACUUUCACCACCAGCACAGCCUGGAAGCUGCACAUGGCCGUGCGGGAUCUUCUGCGUUCCGUCUUCCUGUGUGACAUGAGCGUCUUUGAUUCCUACAUGAACCCGGGCCCCCGAAAACAAUCCAGCCUCUUCCAGUGGGAGCAAAGCCGGGCCCUGUGCUCUUCGCCUGUUUGCGACUUCUUCCCUGCUGACCAGAUCAGCUCGCCCAAGCGUUGCAAGCCUCUCUGCAGUCAGCUGCCCUUUGAUGUGGUGGAGAAGGCCUGCCGCUCUCACAACCACGUGGUACUCAAGGAGGUGCGUUUCCUCAGCCUGCAGGCCCUGUAUCCACUGCUCACAGACCCUUCCCUCAACCUGCACAUCGUGCACCUGGUCCGAGACCCCCGGGCUGUGUUCCGAUCCCGGGAACACACCACAGCAGAACUCAUGAUUGACAGUCAUAUUGUGCUAGGGCAGAAUUUGAAAAUGAUCAAGGAGGAAGACCAGCCCUAUUAUGCCAUGAAGAUCAUCUGCAAAAGCCAUGUGGACAUAGUCAAGGCCAUCCAAACCCUACCUGAAGUUCUGCAGCGGCACUACCUGCUCCUGAGGUAUGAGGACCUGGUCCGGGCACCUCUAGCCCAGACUUCCAGACUGUAUAAAUUUGUGGGGUUGGACUUUUUGCCUCAUCUCCAAACCUGGGUUCACAAUGUCACCCGUGGCAAGGGCAUGGGUCAGCAUGCCUUCCACACAAAUGCCAGGGAUGCCCUCAAUGUCUCCCAGGCAUGGCGUUGGUCCUUACCUUAUACAAAGGUUUCUCAGCUUCAAGAUGACUGUGGUGAAGCUAUGGAUUUGCUGGGAUACCUCCAGGUCAGAUCCCAAGAAGAGCAAGGCAACCUGUCCCUGGAUCUUCUGUCCUCUUCCCCUAUCUUGGGGCAGGUCUUCCAAGAAGGUUAAGGAGGUCUGUCUGCACCCCUUGGUUCCAGCCUCAGUCGCCAUUAAACACACGGAAACCUUAAGUAAGGUAUGAACAAACUAAGUGCCCAUUUAUCCUCAGUCCCAAGCAGGGAGUCUCUUUUAUACUCAGGUCUAUACAGCCGAGCCUAAAAGGCCAAGAAACAAUAUCUUUCUGUCUUGAACAUUCUUAGGAGCCUUGAGCAGCCCCUUCGGCCCUUCAAACAAGACUAUGGUCUUUCUUGUCUCCUCAGCCUUCCUACCUGGGCAUACCUCACAGACUACGGUCUGAAGGCCUAUUGGACGCAGCAAGCAGCAUCCAUGGAGUGAGUCUGUAAACCUCCAUGAUCACAGCUUCCCAAUAAGAAGGGGGAGAAUAAAAGUCAGGGAGGGGUUGGGGAUUUAGCUCAGUGGUAGAGUGCUUGCCUAGCAAGUGCAAG